UGUCUACCUAACGAUCCUAUUUGGGCCAAUUAUACUACAAAAGUUGAAGAGGGUGGUUACAUUUAUGGGAGUGAAUAUGAACUGGGCUGGUACCCAACUAAUAAACUCUUUUCUUUUGCUAAUGCUAAAUCACUUCAUGAUCACAACGUUCCGUGUGCUGUGGACUAUGCACCAGAAGCUGAUCCAGCCGGUUACAGAGACGAUGACGGAGUUAGAUUAUAUUUCGUUCAGGCUGCAUGUGGUUCAUUGCCAUGUCCACCGUAUGUCAAUGGUCAAGAAUUAACC